GAUAAAAGAAUAUCCGGUUUUUCCGUGUAAAGAGGGGUGAAGUUGAACCUUUCCAGCAAAAUGGUGAGAAUUAAGAUCUUUGUGAUAAUAGGGGUCUCAUUUAGAAUUACUAGGUAGCAUUACUAACAAAACUCUUUAUAGCGAUUAUUGAUACACUUUAAGAAUAAAAGGAAAGGAUAAAUUCAUUUCCUGAAUAAUACCUACCGGUUCAAUAAAGUUAUUGUAGAUUUUUUAAAUAUGCACAAUAUAAUCUCACAGUAUAAUCUGAAAGCUAUUGCAAGUUUAGGAUAUUUGUGAAACAUUCGUAUCUUUAAGGAAAAUGUGUAUGAUACAGAUUGUUAUUAAUCGUUGUGUAAUUAUAGGUAAAAUUGCUUGAUUUUUUGUUGACAAUUGCAUAAUUUGUAUUUUACUUUAAAUAUGCUUAUCUUUCAGAGCGAUCAGUUAGAUUCGGCAUUAGACUUAUUUAGAAGACUUCCACCUCAAAGAGUGGAUGAUAAUAUAGAAAAGAUAAUAGAGUUAGUACCUGAUAUUCUGGAAGAUUUAUUAGCUGCCGUAGAUAGACCAAUUCAAGUCAUGAGAGAUACAGAAUGUGGAAAAGAUUUUCUGAUAUGUGACUAUAAUAGGGAUGGAGAUUCAUAUAGAUCGCCUUGGUCUAACAAAUAUUACCCAGCCCUAGAUGAUGGUACAGUUCCAUCAGAACGUUUAAGGUUAAUGGAGGUGGAAGCGAAUUCUGCCUUCGAUCAAUAUAGAGAAAUGUACUUCGAAGGAGGUAUCUCUUCCAUUUACUUCUGGGAUCUGGAUCAUUGUUUCGCAGCUUGCGUCCUUAUUAAGAAACAAGGCGAUGGCUCUAAAAUGAUAACAGGUCAAUGGGACUCUAUGCAUGUGUUUGAAAUUCAAGAGAAAACAAGUGGCAGAAGUGCUCAUUAUCGUCUAACGACAACCGCUAUGCUAUGGUUGAACACAAAAAAAGAAAAAUCAGGAAAUAUGCAUUUGGGAGGUCAAAUUACAAGACAAAAAGAAGACGAUUUGUCCAUUUCAGAAGUUCAAACUCAUAUUGUGAAUAUGGGGCGAAUGGUUGAGGAUAUGGAAAAUAAAAUUCGUAACACAAUGAAUGAUAUAUACUUUGGAAAAACAAAGGAUAUUGUAAAUGGAUUAAGAACGCUUGAUAAACAAGACUCUCGCCAGAAAGAAAUGUUCAAAUCGGAGCUAUCUAGCGCUUUAAAAAAUCGUAAUUUUUCAAAGGAAUAG